CUCACACCAAGCGCCGGAAAAAGUCAGACCAAGUCAAGAAAAUCCUUCAAAAAGCCGGUUUUCUUCAACAUUUUCACGCAUUUUACACCUUAUUUCUUUUGAAAUGGCUGAUGACGACUGGGCUGCUGCUGCUGAUGAGCAAGAAAGUCGACUAAGUGGUCAGGUUAAUAAACUUGCAAUUGGAAAUACUGCACCAGUUGCAGAACAGAAACCYGCAACAACCACAGAUUCAUCGGGAUGGCAAGAAAAAAACACAGAUUCUUCAGGAUGGCAAGAAACUACCACUGGAACUGACGCUAAAAAAGAUGACGURGCAAAUGGUGGUGCUAAAGAGGAGCUCAAGCAAAUUGCAGACAGUUCGUUGUUGAGUAAAUUAAUAAGAAACAAGUUGGUCAAUAACAAGAAUGAAGUAGAAAUUAGGAGAAAUGAUCCCAACUCRCCACUUUACUCUGUUAAAUCUUUUGAGGAGCUUCCUCUUUCCGUCCAACUUCGCAAGGGAGUUUAUGAGAUGGGAUUCAAUAAACCAUCAAAAAUCCAAGAAACUGCCCUACCUAUGCUACUAGCAGAUCCGCCUAAUAACAUGAUAGCUCAAUCACAGUCAGGGACAGGCAAAACUGCUGCAUUUGUCCUGACCAUGUUAAGUAGAGUUGAUGCCACCAAACAGUAUCCACAGGUCCUUUGUCUGUCUCCUACUUAUGAACUAGCUAUGCAGAUUGGUAAAGUAGCUGAGCAGAUGGGAAAAUACUGUACUCAUAUUAGGAUUGCAUAUGCCGUGCGAGGCUCAAACAUACCACGAGGACAGAAAUGUACAGAUCAAAUCAUCAUUGGAACUCCUGGAACAGUACUUGACUGGAUUAGAAAGCUACGUACCUUUGAACCCAGAAAGAUCCGUGUGUUUGUCCUUGAUGAAGCUGACAUCAUGAUUGCCUUACAAGGUCAUCAGGACCAGUCAAUAAGAGUUCAGAAAUCAUUACCAAACGACUGUCAAACCCUCCUUUUCUCUGCAACAUAUGACGACGAAGUCAUGAAGUUUGCACAUUCUGUGGUGACAAACCCCAUAGAAAUACGUCUCAGACGAGAAGAAGAGAGUCUAGACAACAUCAAGCAAUACUACGUGAUGUGCAACAAUGCAGAGGAAAAGUUCCAGGCAUUGUGCAACUUGUAUGGUGUGUUAUCAAUCGGGCAAUGCAUGGUGUUUUGUAUGACUCGCAAGAGUGCAGCAUGGCUAGCGGCCAAAAUGGUCAAAGAGGGACAUGCAACAGCACUGCUAAGUGGAGAAAUAACGAUAGAACAGAGACUUGCAGUCAUUAACCGAUUUAGAGAGGGAAAAGAAAAGCUUCUCAUUACUACUAAUGUAUCAGCACGUGGAAUAGACAUUGAACAAGUCACUCUUGUUGUUAACUACGACAUGCCUUUGGACUUACAAGGAAGACCAGACUUUGAGACUUACUUACACAGGAUUGGUCGUACAGGACGGUUCGGGAAAUCAGGAAUWGCCGUUAAUUUUAUCGAUGGUCAAAGAUCAUUGAAUUGUAUGAAGAAGAUUGAAGAGCAUUUUGGUAGGCAAAUCAUUCAACUCAAAGCUGAUGAUGUUGAUGAACUUGAAAAAUUGAACUAAAAAAGACCCAAGAUAACCACAUAUGGAAUUUUGUUUCCAAAAUUGAUUCCAAAAUUUUUUUCACUAACAUUUCACAUCUAGUUCACAUAUUCUAUCGAAUCAUAAACUUAGCGAAUCAUGAACCUAGCAAAAAGGUGGUUAUAGUAUAGGUCGAGAUAUUUUUCUUUAUUUGGUUCAUCGUCCAGAAAUAGAGCUAGUUGUCUGGGUGACAUAAUUAUAAAAAGGGRUCUUAAACAUAAAACAUAUGGCACAAUAUUUAGGAAUUACAUGUAUGUUCAGUACGAAUUUUAAACAAUAGGUUGCUAUC